UCUUCGAAUGAAUCUUUCUCACAGUGACGUUUGAUCAAAUCGAAACAUGUGUUAUUAAAAUGUUAUUCUAUUUGGUUUAGUUUUUUUUAUAUAAUAAUUAUUUAAUAUUCAAUACAAAAAUUAAUAAUUUAAAGAUUAAAUGAAAAUAAACAAUAAAGAAUAAUUUCGAAAAAUUUUUCGAAAAUUUUCUUUCUAUAUUUUCAUACUUUUUUUCAUAUUUUUAUAUUUUAUUUCAUUUUUUUCAUAUUUUUAUAAUUAAUACGAAAAAUUAACACAGAUUAAAAAAAUUGAUCAAGUAAUUUAAAAAGAUUUUGUUUUCUUUAUUUGAUAUUAGUAUAUUUUUAUUAUAUUUAUUAUUAAAAGUAUAAAACUAUAUUUUUAAAUAAUUUUUUUAUAAAACAAUCACACCAUUAAUAACAAUAUCAUAGUUUUGAAAAUUUUUAAAUCUGUAAAAAAUAUCUACAGUAUUAUAAGCAAUAUCUAUAAUUUUUAUUUAAAUUAAUAUAGGUCAAAAGUACCAUUACUUCUUUUGAGAUGUAUAUGUGAUUAUAGAUACACUACUGAUUUUACCGGAACCUUGUGCUACUUAUUAGAAACGAAAUGUUUUUUGUAUUUCUUAUUAAUAGUUUAUUUUAAAUAGAAAAAAAUUUUAAUUAGGAAAUAUAAUACAUAUUUUUUGAUUUAUAAUUUUGUAGAUAUUAUCCAGUGUAAAAUACUUUAAAUUUUGUAAAGUACUCAGCGACAUCUAAGUUAUACAUAGUUAAAUAAAGACGUAAUAAAAACUUUUUUCACGUUUAUAUUAUUAAAUUUAUUAAUUAAUUAUUGAAUGAUCGAUGGCAAUUAUUUUUCAAAACACAAUACGAUUGCCAAUAUUAAUAUUUGUGAAAAAAAUUUUUAUUAGUAAUAAUUACAAUAAGAAAUCCAUUAUGACAACUCGUGUAAAGUUUGAAAAAGUUUUGGAAAAUCUCGAGAAAAAUCCUUUUUUUGAGAAAUAUGCUAAUAAAAUAGCCAAGUUACAACAAACUAGUCCAGAAGAAUUCUUACAACGUGUCAAAAAUCAAGAGAAGUUACAAAAAAAAAAAGUCCAUAUCUCAAAGUCUUGUCAUAUUCAGUCUUUAUUUCCAUUUUUAAUGACAAGAACAAAAUCAUCAUGGUCUUAUAUCAAAAAAAGAAAUUUUAGUGAUAAUGCAGUUAAAAAUGUAUAUAUUACUACACCUAUAUUUUAUGUUAAUGCUGGACCACAUAUUGGACAUCUUUAUACAGCAGUUUUGGCAGAUACUAUAGCUAGGUUCAAUACUAUGUUAGGACAUUCUGUAUUUUUAAGCACUGGUACAGAUGAACAUGGUACUAAAGUUCAGAAAGCUGCAAACAAUGCAACUUUAUCUACUUCUGAAUAUUGCACUCAAAUUUCACAUCAAUUUCAAGAAAUGUGUGAUAUAUUUCAAGUUAAAUAUUCAAAAUUUAUUAGAACAACCGAAGAACAACAUCAAAAUGCAGUUCUUCACUUUUGGAACUGUUUAGAAAAGAAUGGACACAUUUAUCGAGGAAAAUAUUCAGGCUGGUAUAAUAUAUCAGAGGAAGCAUUUAUCUCGGAUAAAGAAAUAAUACAAAAAAAUCUUACAAAUAUCAAUGAAGGAUAUACUGAAUCAGGAGAUAUAGUAGAAUGGAUGGAGGAAGAUAGUUAUAAAUUUCGUCUUACUUCUUUUAAAGAUCAAUUAAAACAUUGGUUGGAAAAUGAAAAUGUAAUAGAACCGGCGAUAUAUCGCAACAUAUUAAUUCCAUGGUUAGAAGAAUUACAAGAUUUAAGUAUUUCUAGACCUAUCAGUAGAGUACCUUGGGCAAUUCGUACUCCUUCUGAUGAAUCUCAUACAAUAUAUGUAUGGCUGGAUGCAUUAGUAAAUUAUUUAACUUCAGUAGGAUAUCCAAAUAAUUCAUUUAAAGAAUUUUGGCCACCAACUAUACAAAUUAUAGGAAAAGAUAUUCUAAAAUUUCAUGGUAUAUAUUGGCCAGCAUUUUUAAUGGCUGCUGGUUUGGAACCACCAAAAAAACUUAUAUGUCAUGGUCAUUGGGCUGUUAAAGAUAAAAAGAUGUCAAAAUCUAAAGGAAAUGUAAUUUCACCUUUUAUCGCGAUGCAUGAUUUUACACAAGACGGCCUAAGAUAUUUUCUUUUACGACAAGCAGUACUGGACACAGAUGCAAAUUAUAAUAAAUUAAAAGUUCAAAAAAUAUUAAAUUCUGAACUUGCCGAUACACUAGGUAAUUUAGUUAAUCGUUGUUUUGGUAAAAGUAUUAAUCCAGAUGGAAUAAUAUAUAAUUCAACUGAAUACAAAAGUAUUUUAAACUCUGAAAUAGCCCUUAAAAAUAUAAAAGCUUUAGAAAAUUUAAGUGAAAAAGCUAGAAAAUGUUAUGAGAAAAAUGAUUUAUAUCAUGCAGUGGAUAGUGUGAUGGAUAUGUUACGCACUGCUAAUCAAGUAUUUGAAUAUUAUCAACCAUGGAAUUUAAGCAAAUCUAAAGAUCUUGACUCUGUAAAACAACUUGAAGCUUUGAUAUCAUUAGUUUUGGAAAAUUUACGAGUGGCAGCUUUAGUAUUAUAUCCUAUUAUACCAAAGUUAUCUUCUAAUCUUCUCGAUUUUCUUCAAGUUUCGAUAAAAAAUCGUAAUUGGGAAGAUACAAAAGCAUUUCAUUUAACAAAUGACUCGAAUGAAACAAGACAUGUUUCGGAACAAGAUUAUGUCUCAUGGAUAUGUUUCGAACUACUUCCCGAUGAUUGUCUUUUCGUAAAUUGAUUUCUUAACCGUCCGUUAUUUAUCAUCGACAAGUUUUCUUCCCUUUUCAUCGUCCGUGGAUAAAAAAAUAUUCGGCAAAAGAAUUCACAUAUAAUUUUGUUAUUCAAGACGAAAGGGAAUAGGAGAGAAAAAGAGCAUGUUAUUACACGGUGAUGGUAUAUAUCAAUGAUAUCGAUCAUGAUGGUAAAAUUUAUAUUAUUUCAAGAUACUCUAUAUGUAAAAAAUAUGCGGUUUAACUUUGAUUGCGAUGCUCGUUGCAGUUAAUACGAGAAAUAUAUGGAAUAUUUACUCGGCAAAAAGUUCAAUAACGAAUUCAAUAUCUCAAGAAAUAUUUAUAAACUUUACAAUACGUUCCCAAGAUGAUGAAAUGGUAAAGUUUGUCGUUGAAGUUGAUUACGACGGUCGCAAUUGCUGUUUUAAAUGUUCGUAUGUAAAUCUCGUUCAAUCAUAUCGUAACCAUUAUCAUAAGCAGACUUGAAAAAUUAUACUAUGGAUAUGUUCGUGUAACAUUCUUCGAUUCAAUUGAAUAAUUCGUACCAAGAAUGUUGAAUGCCACGCAGAAAACUGGCGACAGGAAGGAGGUAAUACUUCCAUCACGAUUUUAUUUACGUUAUUUACGUCUUAUUAAUAAAAUGAUUUAUAUAGAAUCGAUAACCGUGAUGGACCAACCAACGUGAACCAUAAUUACCGUAGGAUCGCAAUUACCGUUCGAUAGGAAGAUCGAUAAGUCUGAGGGAGAGACUCGAAUCGAAUUAUAUCGCACUCACGAUAGUAUCGCGAUGUCUUUGCGCCAUUAUACCAACUUGACAACUGUCCGCGCUUGAUCUCGGACUGAUAUUACAUUCGAUCAUGGACCCGUUUCGUUUUUGCACGACCACGGAUCGAAAUUCUCCGCAUUCGCUAGUCGACGGUUGAUUUCCACGGGCGCGUGCACCCUUUGUGAGAAUUCUCUUGAACGCUUCUCGGAAUUCUGUGUUAAAGAUGCUGUAGAUGAUCGGAUUGAAGGCCGAGUUGCUGUAGCCGAGCCAAGUGAGUACCUAUUACAUAGCAAGCUUUGUUUUUCUGUUCUUUUUUUUUCUUUUUUUGCUUUGUUUUUUUUUUAUGAUCACAUUACAACAGCGGAGAGCCGUUCAAAAAUGCCCUUAAUAUUUAUAAUUAUAUAACGAAUUCUUCAAACAAGAGAUAUGUCAUUGCCAUUUGUAAUUUGUAUAUAAUUAUAAUUAUUCAACGAUUUAAUGAAAAAUGUAAUGGCGGCAAAAGUAAAAAUUCCUUUUUUCACG